GAAAGCUUUCGUGACAGCGCGAAUGACUGUAGACGUGAAGAGAAAGUCAUAGUGUGGCAUGUGCUCAACGUUUAUGCGUCUACUUUUGUCCGAUCUGAAUGGCCUUCAUUCCGUUUCAGUCCUUCGGAUCGGUCCAAAAAUGUAACUCUUCAUCCAGUUGCAAGUUUACAGCGAACUCAAUCUUUAUUUAGUUCACUUGGCAACAUGACAUCAUUUCUGCUAGCGAUAUAA